AUGAUGAAGGGGCUCAUAGAAAAUAGGUUUUUUAAGCACCGGCCCUUUUUCGUAGAGUUACAUCUCUCUUGGACCACUUACCUUCUUCACUUCAACACUGUAACGCCACAUCUGCUUGGCAUCAUCCCAUUCACGAUAGUGUGUUGCCAUACGGCCUCCCUUAGCGAACGACGUCCCUACUGGAGCUGCACUCACCCAUGCGGGUACAACCGUUACGUCCAUGUGGGCAACACUUGUAUUCUCUGCUCCUCCUUCAAUCGAUCGGAAUUCUGUUGGAUGCUGGAAGUACUGAAUCGCCAACAAAUCUGGUCGUGA